AUGACAGACUCUUGGCUGGUCACGACGCCCUUCUGUACGCUCGAUACGCAAAAUUAUGAAUAUUGCCCCCACCUCUUGCGUUUGUAUCCCGAUACUCGCUCCGUGCCUCCAGGAUAUACAGGUUACACAGCAAAUGGAAGCUACAUAGUAGCAUUGACUCCGCAAGAUCUCGAAGAUCCAAAUUCAGGAAGCGUCUUAACUACACAAGCUUGUCAAACACAUCUUAAAUGUCCACCUAACGAACACAAAUGUUUCAUGUCGACUGAUACAAUGGACGUCACAGGCUACCGCUUGCGUUUCACCGUCGUCCCAGCUCCAAAAGCUUCAAAUGCUACCUUCCACAUCUUUACUUCAAGUGGUGAGAAUUUCAUACAGCCUAUCAUGAUUAACAUGAGCCCUUCAGAUGACAAAUGGAGACUCACGGGAAGCUUUCUGGACCAACUCAUCUCGGAUGAUCAUAAUCCUUCUUUCUUGCCUCAGUCGGACUAUGUGGAUAUCCUCAGCGAAGGACGUAUCAUCUUGAAGGAUAGGAAACUCGUUAUGACGGGGGAUAGGAGUUUGGAGCAAGCACUCUCAUUGUUGACUGGAAGAAAACUUGCGCCGAUGUCGGAAAUCACUCUGCUCGAACGGGGUUCCGUGCCGACGAGAGAGAACUCUGACAUUAUAUACGUUCCUUGGAUCCGCGCAAUUGUUCUCGUGUCAUCAACUGUCAAGCUAUCAACGAUCUGGCUGGAUGCCCGCCCGACGACCAUCCAAGAUGGUUCUACCGCUUUCAGUAUGGUCAAGCUUGUACCUGACGACAGCCAAAACCAAGUGUCAUACAAAGUCGCAAUUAGUGCAUUCGACACCCUUCGUCCAUUCGGACCAGAUCCUCCGAUUUGUGUCAACAGAAUCACAGAGGCCAUUGCCUAUCUGACUGGUGAGACUACUGUUUGCUAA